UCAAACGUAGAACCCUUUGACGAAACGUUGAGCGCUAUCUUCACUAUUUCACUUGUCAUGCUUCCCAGCUCUUCAUAAAUGUCCUCCAAGCACUCUCAGGGUCAUGGCUCAUCUAGGGACAGGGAUUACGACCGGCGAGGAGACUAUGGCCGGGAUGGGAGAGACAAGAGGGAGGAUCGCCACCACCACCACCACAGCCGCUCCCACCGAGAGGCUGACGGGGACAGGGGAAAGGACCACGACCGUUCCCGGCUGAAAUCAGGAUCCUCGCACUCGCGGUCUAGACCCGCUCACGAGUCAAGAUCGCCUCAGCGGGACCGUGACAGGGGCUACCACUCGGGCACAACGCCCGUCAAGGGCAACACGCCUGGCCGGCCCAAGGGCAACUCGGUGCUCGCGGAACUGCUGCGGCAGGCCAAAGCGCGGCAGCAGGAGCAGGAGCAGGGCGGCGCGGGCUCGGCGCCUGGGUCGGGCUCAGCGAGCGAUGGGGAGGCGCCGGAGGCGGGCGAGAUCCUGGCGGCAGCCCACCCCGGUCAGGCAGGCCAGCCGGGCGGAGGGGGCGGGGGUGGUGGUGGUGGCGGGGGUGCUGCUGCGGGUGCUGCUGCUGCCGGGGGUGGUGGAGGUGGCGGAGGUGGCACCAAGCGGCGCUACCACUCACCCAUCGUGUGGAACCCGGAUGUGCAGCAGGGGCAGGGGCAGCAGGGGCCCUCAGCUCGCAGCACGGGUGAGGCUGGCGAGGGCCGGCCGCCGCCCUCCAAGCGCUCCGCCUCGGGUCCGCCGCCGUCCGCAGUGGACCGCGCGGCUGCGGAGCUGGCGGCGUUCCGGCAGCAGCAGCAGCAGGCGGCGGCGCUGGGGUACGACCCGGAGGGGCCGCCCGCUCGGAAGGCACUGCCGUCGGACUCGGAGGAGGAGGAGGAGGAGAGAAGUCGUGAGGGCUCCCGGGAAGCUCCUGCGGGUCGCAGCGGCUCCCGCCGGGAUGGCAGCGAGCAGCGGUCGGGGGCGGACAUGGAGGGAGGGGAGGCGGAGGAGGAGCGGGGGCGCGGACGGGGCUGGCGCGGGGAGGAGGAGGAGGACGAGGAGGAGGAUGAGCGGCGGCCUAGAGGUGGGUCCCGCUGGUUGGAUGCGGAGCACGAGGCGCCGGAGACGAGGGGCGGUGCGGCGGGGGGGCGGAGCCGCGGAGGAGGAGGAGGGGCAGCGGGGGUGGGCGGUGACGGCGAGGGAGCGCAGCAGGAGGAGGGAAGAGGCGCAUCCCCCAGUCCCUACGGGGCGCCCUCGGCUGGUGGCGGGGAUGCGGUUUCGGGGCGUGACGGCGGCGGCGGCGCUCGCGCCUCCAGCAGCUCUAGAUCCCCUGCUGCUGGUGGUGGUGGGGGUGGCGGUGGCGCCGAGGGCGGCGGUGGCACGGAGGGACGAGGCGGCAAACAGGCUGGGGGUGGAGGCGGUGGAGGCGGUGAUGAGGGCGGGGCGUCAGGGGACGAAGAGGAGCCGCUCAUUAGCCAGCAGAUCGCCGCCCUGUCGGAGUGCCGCUCGGUGGACGAGUACGAGCGACUCAACCGGGUCAGCGAGGGAACGUACGGAGUGGUGUUCCGGGCCCGCUGUAAGAAGACCGGCCGGAUCUGCGCGCUGAAGAAGAUCAAGAUGGAGAAGGAGCGCGACGGCUUCCCGGUCACCUCCAUCCGCGAGAUCAACAUCCUGCUCAACCUGCACCACCCCAACAUAGUCAAUGUGUCGGAGGUGGUCAUGGGAAGCCGUCUGGACCAGAUCUUCAUGGUGAUGGAGUUCAUGGACCACGACCUCAAGUCGCUCAUGAACGACAAGAGCCAGAUGACGCGCCCCUUCAGUGUGGCGGAGGUGAAGUGCCUCAUGCUGCAGCUGCUGGGCGGCAUCGAAUACCUGCACGAGAACUGGGUCAUACACAGGGACCUCAAGACCUCCAACAUCCUGUACAACAACGCGGGGGAGCUCAAGAUCUGCGACUUUGGCCUGGCCCGCCAGUUCGGCUCCCCGCUGCGACCCUACACGCAGCCCGUGGUGACGCUGUGGUACCGCCCGCCCGAGCUGCUGCUGGGGGCGGCGCUGUACAGCACCGCGGUGGACAUGUGGAGCAUUGGGUGCAUCAUGGCGGAGUUGCUGACGGGCAAGCCCCUGUUCGACGGCCAAGGCGAGAUCGAGCAGCUGGACAAGAUCUGCUCCGUGCUGGGCACCCCCUCGGAGGAGGUGUGGCCGGGGCUGCGGCAGCUGCCCAACUGGGGCAAGAUCGUGUUGCGCCCGCAGCCCAGUCAGCUGCGUCAGCGCUUCACCUCCUCCUUCGGCAGCGGCGCCACCCUCACGGAGGCGGGCUUCGACCUGCUGUCCCGGCUGCUGGCGUACGACCCGCGGCAGCGCAUCUCGGCGGGGGAGGCGCUGGAGCACAGGUGGUUCUCCGAGAGCCCCUUCCCCCAGCGCCGCGAGCUGAUGCCCACCUUCCGAUCCAACAAGGACGGCAACGGCCCGGUGAGGCAGGCGGCAGUGGGGGCGGCCGGCUCGCCGCCGCUGCACUUCCUGGCUGCACUCAAGGCGCGAUGAGGGAUGAGGGACGAGAGGGAUGAAGGGAAGGGAUGGGGGAUGGGGUGAUGGAUGAGCAGAAGCAGGGGUGAGCAGAGCUUCUGGAGGCGUUGUACGGCAUGCAUGUUGUUUGAUACAUGUGUUGUACUGUGUACGGCAGUACCGGUAGUAGCACUGGCAAGGUGACGAUAGGCGUGAGAUAGGAGGGUUUUUCCUGCCAUUGUGAGUUUCAGGUGUAGACUGCUGCGUGUCACGUCGGCGCCUAGAAUGUACGUGGUGGGGGUAGAAGGUUGGAUAGGAGGCGAGGUUUGCUUGCGAAGGCGGAAGGCGUGUUGGUGCGUUGUUUAGCUGCAUGUCCCCGGGUGUGGUGUUGGCAAAACUGGCCGCACAACCAUGCGCGUAUUGCGGUGGUGGUGUAAAACACGUGGUUGGAUCGCAUUUAAAGCCUCACAGAGUGGUUUGCUUACUAGGCCUGUGAAUGCUUGGCGUUGCCGGGGUCCCAACUCUUAACCCCCGUGGACCGCACACUUGCCAUUACGGCACUCCUAGCCAGCCUGUGUAACGUGUUACGGGAAAGAAACCGCGGGAUAGAAGGAGGUGC